AUUACGAUUAUUAAUAAUAACAACAAUACUCUUACUAACAAUGAUAACCACCGUCGUCGUUAUGAUUACGGGCCCUGAGGAGAGGCUACCACGUGACGACGCCGUCGAGUCGCUACGCACCCUCUAGCGGGGCGGGGAGGGGGAGUGACGUCAUCUCCCCGCGCCGCCGGCCGGGGGCGUCAUCCCCCGCGCGCCGCCCUCGACGGGAGAGAGGGGGCGCCUGACGUCAUCUCAGGGCGCCGCCCACCCCAGACGCCGUCGCAGAGGGAUGACCUCACCCUGCCCCCCGGAAGUGGCCGCUGAGGGGACGCCGCCAUCAUGGGGGGAGGAGAUCUGAAUCUGAAGAAGAGCUGGCACCCCCAGACGCUCCGCAAUGUGGAGAAGGUUUGGAAGGCGGAGCAGAAGCAUGAAGCGGAGCGGAAGAAGAUCGAGGAGCUGCAGCGGGAGCUGCGGGAGGAGCGCGCCCGGGAGGAGAUGCAGCGCUACGCUGAGGACGUGGGGGCCGUCAAGAAGAAGGAAGAGAAGCUGGACUGGAUGUACCAGGGCCCCGGCGGGCUGGUGAACCGGGACGAGUACCUGAUGGGCCGGCCCGUCGACAAGUACGUCCUGGAGAAGAGCGAGGACAAGGAGGCCAGCUGCUCCUCGGAGACGGGCCUGCUGCCCGGCUCCAUCUUCGCCCCGUCGGGAGCCAACUCCGUCCUCGACAUGGCCAGCAAAAUCCGGGAAGAUCCGCUCUUCAUCAUCCGGAAGAGAGAGGAGGAGAAAAAGAGAGAAGUUUUGAAUAACCCCGUGAAAAUGAAGAAAAUCAAAGCAUUGCUGCAGCUGAGCCUGGAAAAGAAGGAGAAGAAGAGGAAGAAGGAGAAGAAAAAGAAGCACAAGAAGCACAAGCACCGCAGCUCCAGCAGCGAGGCCUCCGCCAGCGAAGGCGAGAGGAGCCGGAGACGGAUGUCGAGGAAACCCGCCGGCUCUCCCCCUGCCCAGUCCAGGGUCCCGGGCUACGGCCUGCUGGUCAGGGAUCCCGAGCAGCGCGGUCGGAGGCCGGAGGGCUCCCCGACGGCGGAGCGGAAGAGCGGAGCCCCCAGGCCCAGGGACAGGUCCCGGAGCGUAUCCCGCUCCCCGCGGAAGGGGACGGGAGAAGGCGAGUCCCGGAGCCGGCAGCCCCGCUCCCCCGGGCCCGGAAAGCCGCGUGGCUCCAAGGGAGACAGGAAGGACAAGGAGCGGGGGAAGAGCCCCCAGCCGAAGAAAGAAGGGUACACCCGGCGGCACGCCUCGGGCUACACCAGAAAGCUCCCGGCCGAGGAACUGGAGCGGAAGCGGCAGGAGAUGAUGGACAACGCCAAGUGGAGGGAAGAAGAGCGUCUCAGCAGCCUCAGGAAGCACGAGAGGGAUGACGAGCGGGAGCAGAAGCUGGAGAAGCUGGACUCGCGGGACGGGAAGUUCAUCCAGCGCCUGAAACUGGAGAGCACCGCCACCUCUUCCUUGGAAGACCGCCUGAAACGCAACAUCCACUCCAUCCAGAGAACCCCAGCCGCCCUCGAGAAGAACUUUAUGAAGAGAUGAUGAAGUCUGCCCGCCCCCGGGGUCGGGGCCCCACCCCGCCCCCCCUCCCGAGAGCUGCUGGCUCGUACGCAUUCCUCUUUAUAAGAGUUGAGAUGACUUCUUCUGAAGACGUGUCCCCCCCACCGCUGCUCGAAAUGAACCUUCUCGCCCCGGCCGGAGAGGGGCCGCGAAGGUCCGGGCGGGGAGAGCCAGCCGGCUGGGCUCGCUGGGCGGCGGGGGGACUGGGUUGGCGGGUGGGGGCGAGGACGCCCUGCCGGCCCGCCCGUCUGCCUGGCUUCCACCCGCCGCGGGGCCCCCGAAGGUUUUCUAAAAGGGCCGACGGGGAGUCCUCCCUCACCCUCGUUCCCUCCUCCCCUGCCCAGCUUCGCUCACGGGAGGAGAGUUGGACGAGGCCCCGGGGGUGACGGAGGGAGGAGGAAGUCAUUUCCCAAAGCCCCCCCAGGCUAGCUGAGCAAAGCCACCUUUUUUUAUGUACAGCAGGGCAGACGUACAAAGGUACGUCGGAAUAAAUUUUUCUAAAACG